AUAUGACUUAAAAGAAAUUAUUAAAAUGCAGGGAAAUUUUAAAUUUAUUGCCUUCAUGUUUUUAAAUUGCACACAAAGAGAAAAUUUAAAAUUUAAAUUAAAUAUAGAAUGAAAUGCAUAUAAAGUCGAAUAAUAUUUAGAGCAUUAUCUCGUAAACUCAAACCUCAUUUGGUAGCUGAAACUGUUAAAUCAUAUAUUAGCCGAGCACAACGAACUCAUACACAUCAAUCUGGUGCUGCAUCAUCAUCACAAGCAUCACAGGAAAAGCAACCUAACAUGGAGUUUUUACGUGGUGUUUAUGCGUUUAUGCAAGUGAGUAGAUCAUCGGUGUCUCACGUUAAAAUUGAUUCACCUGUUUUCCGAUUACAUACAAAUGCAACUGUCAUACUCUUGAUUACAUUUUCAAUAGCUGUUACAACACGCCAAUACGUUGGUAAUCCAAUAGACUGUGUUCAUACAAGAGACAUUCCGGAAGAUGUCCUCAAUACUUAUUGUUGGAUACAUUCAACAUAUACAGUGGUUGAUGCUUUUAUGAAAAAGCAAGGUGCGGAGGUGCCUUUUCCAGGCGUACAUAAUUCACAAGGACGAGGUCCAUUAACAAUAAAACAUACAAAAUACUAUCAAUGGGUGGCGUUUACCCUGUUUUUUCAGGCAAUAUUAUUCUAUACACCGCGGUGGUUAUGGAAAUCCUGGGAAGGUGGGAAAAUACAUGCACUAAUUAUGGACUUAGAUAUAGGAAUAUGUUCGGAAGCUGAAAAGAAACAAAAAAAGAAAUUACUUCUAGAUUAUUUAUGGGAGAAUUUAAGGUAUCACAAUUGGUGGGCCUAUAGAUAUUAUAUGUGCGAACUAUUAGCGCUGAUAAAUGUAAUAGGUCAAAUGUUUUUAAUGAAUCGAUUUUUCGAUGGGGAAUUUAUGACAUUUGGUUUAGAAGUUAUAGCAUAUAUGGAAGCUGAUCAAGAAGAUCGAAUGGAUCCAAUGAUAUAUAUAUUCCCUAGGAUGACCAAAUGUACAUUUUUUAAAUACGGUUCAAGUGGAGAAGUGGAAAAACACGAUGCAAUAUGUAUUCUACCGUUAAAUGUUGUUAAUGAAAAAAUUUACAUAUUUCUUUGGUUUUGGUUUAUCCUGUUAACAUUCUUAACGACAUUAACACUCAUCUACAGGGUAGUUAUAAUAUUUUCACCGCGAAUGCGGGUAUAUUUAUUUCGUAUGCGAUUUAGGUUAGUGCGUCGAGAUGCUAUUGAAAUAAUUGUCCGUCGAUCAAAGAUGGGCGAUUGGUUUUUAUUGUAUUUAUUAGGUGAAAAUAUAGAUACAGUUAUAUUUCGUGAUGUUGUACAGGAUUUAGCAAAUCGUUUAGGACAUAACCAACACCAUAGGGUGCCUGGCCUAAAAGGUGAAAUACAGGAUGCAUGAUAUUGGGAGUACUGAGAAUCGUUAAAAUGCUAAAUUUUAAGUAAAAUUUAUUAUGAAAAAAAAAACGAAAAAAAAAAUCCAAAAAAAAAAUGUAGUUAAAUUAAAAAAAACCAAAAAAAAGAACAAAAAAAACAAAAAAAAAUAAAA